AAUAAAAAGAUCUGUUCUACUGAUGCUGCCCUGUCAACAACAUGAAAUACCUUGAUCAUAAACUGCAACAAUGGAUUUAAAUGAAGAAUCCAUAGACUCUGAAGGCAAGUUGGUUGAGUUGCCAGUCAAUGAAGAGAAAAUUGGGAAAACCAGAGCAAAACCUGCAAUUGGACAAAAUACACACACUAGUUUGAUCCGACGUUGCAGACGAAAAGCAAACCCACAGCUGGAGAAUACCAAGGGCUUGAACACAAGCACUACCUUGGAAGGAAAGGUGGCCCAUGGCAGACCUAAGGGUGGUAAGAGUCCCUGUGGAGAGGUCCCGCCGGCCAAAAGACAGAAGCUAGACACUUUGGAACAAACUCAAGACAGUGGGAGUAUUGAGACUGCAGAAGGCUCGGCUUUAACCCAUGAGGAGGAGCCAGCAAGCUCAAAACCCAGGCACGUACAAAAUGAUAUUGUGAUAGACAGUGUGCUGUUUGAAAGACGACCUGGAGAUUGUCAGCGUAGAACUAAGAAGGUCAAAGUUGAAGCAACUUCACUGUCCCUAUCUUAUAACUUUAUACGGAAAAAAGACGCUUCACUAAAAACUAAUGUGGAUCAGUGUCAUUUCACUGACAACUGUUUUGUUUGUAAUAUUUGUAAUAUUACCAGCCAGUCCAAGGAGAGUUACGAAAAACACAUAUCUUCAGUUCGCCAUAAAAAACAAGCUAAAAGCACAAGUCAAGAUACAAAUACGAAAGAAGGAUUUAACUGCAGGCUCUGUGGCCAUUUAUUACCUUCACGGUAUGACUUGGACAAACACAUUAAAGAGAACCAUUCCAAACGAUCCAAGGCACACUUUUGUCCUCAGUGCAAAUUCAAGGCAGAGAGUGCAGCAUUAUUGCAAGCUCAUCUCAAGCACAAACACUUCCAGGAAGAAAGAUUAGGUUGUGAUCUGUGUGGUUAUCAAUGUUAUGAUGAAAACCUGCUGAAAACCCACUGUCGUGGGAAGACUCAUCUUCGCCGCAAGAACCUCGCUGCACGGGGUGGGUACAUACACUUGCUUUCUAAAAAGGGUCUUUCUGGCGAAAAUGGUGCAAAAGACAAAGCAAGAAGUGCAAAACCCUUAAAUAAGAGGCCUAGAAAUUUGAGAACGACAAGGAACAGAUGUUGUGCUCAGAAGGAUGGUAAGCAAAGCACUGAGUGUUUGGACAAAUCAACAAGAAUUGGCAAUAGUCUCUGUGUGGAAGUAGGAAGCAGUGAUAAAAUGCCAAUGACAAAUGAUCAAAUAGAGCUUAAUGAUUGUCGUGCUGGAAAGGCAUCUCACAGAAGAACUUUGAGAAGUGCAAAAGAACCAACUAAUCUUCUGCAAGAACGUGGCAUUAAUCGAAGACUAAGGCGCUCUGGAAAUGGUAAUGUCAGCCUGAGACUGCGCACUGCAUGCUGCAAAGUCAAUUCUGAACACAAGAGUACACGAAUCAGGCUUUCCAAGGAAGAAGUGGCAAACCAAAGGUCUCCAAGAAAGCUCCAAGGAAAAGCUAACCUUUCAUCAAAGAAUAAUAGUCGAGGUCGAGGUCAAGACCGGUUUCCUCACAAGAGAGAGGCUUUUCCUGAAGCACAGCAAAAAAGUGUCAGUGUUGCUGGAAGCAAGAAUGGUGAUGUGAAAGAAACAAGCAAAUUGAUUGCCCAGGAAUCAAAGCAACUCGAAGGAAAACCUGAGAACCAGGGUAAAACUACUGAUAUGACACCCAUUGAGGCGAACCUAGAGGAUGAGAAUGCAUUUAAAGUAAGUUGCUCAAGUGGCAAUCAAGAAGGAGUAUCAACCCCGUCAGAAGUACCUCAUUCAUUAGCAUUGGUUGAAAACAGCAUUGAAAAUACUUCAGGGAAUCAAAACCUUGAGUCCCCAUCUGCCAAUCCAGCAAAUAACAAAGUCUCUAAAGUUGAAAAUCCUGAAUCGAAGCUGAGCCCUGCUGAUCGUAAAGCCCUCCGCACCUGCUCGUACUGUGGCCAUUUAUUUCAGAACCGAAAAGGUCUAGAGGUGCAUAUCAAGAGGCGCCAUACAAAGGAAAUGGUGUUCCAUUGUCGACCAUGUGGCUAUGCUUGUGUUACAAAAGGUGACUUCGAAAAGCAUUGUCAAAGCAACAGGCAUCAAAUUAACUUUUCCAAGAUUGACUGUUGGCUGUGCACCUUUGUGACCUCAGAUGAAGAAACUCUCAAGGAUCAUAUGAAUCAAAAACACAAAAUAGUUUCUUACUGCCGACCUUGCAAACUGCACUUUGUAUCAGAAGAUGACCUAGCAGACCAUGUUGGUACUGAUCACGUAAAAAACAUGUUCCCACAGCAGAAAGACACCACAACUGAGCAAGCUGGAAGACUGCAGCUGAGAGGACUAGAGUUAAAUAAAAUCUCUUUAUCAGAUACAAGCGAAGAAACUACUGUACCGAAAGCAAACCCUUUGUUAAAGGAUCCUCAAAAGCUUUCUAUCACAAGAGUAGUUGCAGGGAAUAUACUAAAACGAUCAACACACAGCAGACCCCAAUUGCAGUGUAAACAUUGCUUUUAUAAAGCUAGAUCUGCCUCAGUCCUUUUAAAACACAUAAGACUGAGACAUGCGCAAGAGUAUCGCUUUUUUUGUAAAGUGUGUAGCCUCUACACUAUUAGCAAGGAAGCUAUGGAGAAGCAUAUUAAACGAAGUAGGCACAUUAUGAAUGCCAAGAAAAUAAAUCUUGGCCCAUCAGUGGAGGAGUGUGUUGAAGAAGUGUCUAUUGGUGUUCAGGAUGUUCAAAAGACCAUGAAGACUCCAGGGGCUUUAGGGAAUGUCAAUACUGAAAUAGAUAAAGGUUAUGUUCAGGUUCUUGAGCCAUCAAAACCCAGAGAGGAAUUUGUUGUAACUUGGGAAAUACCAGAAGGGGAUGCAGGCAAUGUGGAAGACGUUCAGAAAAGCAGUGAUCUUCAGUCAACAGAAAGUGUUAAAAGAGGGCGCCCUAAGGGGAAUAUUUCCAGAACUUGCCUUUAUUGUGGACUAUUGGCUUCCAGUGUCACAAAUCUGAACAUUCACAUAAGGCGGAAACACAGCCAUCAAUACAGCUACUUCUGCAAGACCUGUAACUAUUACACUGUCACCAAAGGAGACAUGGAUCGUCACUGUAACACCAAGAAACAUAAAAAUCAGGCUGAUGUCUCCAAGACUGAAGUUUGCAGAAAAAUUACCACAUCUCCUGAUAAGGGUAACUCACAAGUGAUUGUGACUGAUGUUGCCGCUGUUUCCAUGGCUGAAAAUGUUCAAAACAGCAGCAAAAGUUUGAAACCAGAGAUUCCUGGUGCGGAGAACCCAUCUGGGAGUACUGAGAACAGUAUUCGUGUGAAUUUAGAGAGUUUUCCUUCAACGCAAGAUCAACAGAAAGUGGAAAAUCAGAAUGAGAUAGUUGUAGUUCUUGAUGUGGAAUCAAAUGAUACGGGACAAAAUGGUAGUUCGUUCAACUCAAAGCAAAGGAAAGAAAACCACACCACGACUUGUGUGUAUUGUGGUUUUAUGGCUUACUCUCUUGCUACCCUUGAGAUGCAUGUGAAACGUAAACACACACGAGAUUUUGACUACUAUUGUAUGGCAUGUGCUUACUAUGCUGUCACACGUCGUGAAAUGAUGAGACAUGCAAUCACCGAGAAACAUAAACUUAAAAGUCGGUCCUACCUCAAAUUAAAUCCAAAUAAAGGGCAUGAUUCCAGUACAAUGCCAACCAAUACACCAGAGAACAGAAGCCACAAAGAAGGAAAUGAGGAUCGAAUGAAUGAAGGGAGCUGGAACAAGGAAGGAGACACAUCAAAGGCUUCUCAAGAUGCCAUCCAAAAGUCUCUGUCAAGUGUGAUUGAAACAGCGAUGUCAGUAGAAGGUAGUGAAGAGGUCAAUGCAGCGAAAGAGACAGUACCAGUGUCUCAGAUGGCAGAAAAUCAGAUAAAAUCCUUACAAAAUGAAAUGGCUGAAGAGGAAGAAAGUAUUCAAACUCUGCCAACUGUAUGUCAUUCAGAAAUUUCCUCUGAAGCUUAUUCUGGAAUAUUGGAAGCAAAUACUGCACAUUCGAAUGCAUCUCUGGAUACGGAAAGUUAUCCUGCAAAAUUGAAAUCUGCGUCAUUAGAGUCAUCAGUGUUGGAAACAAUCCAAAAUCAAAUUUCUGAGUUACCCAGUGAGCAAGAUACAAGUAGGUGUCAUAAAGACGUUGUCACGUUACAGAAAACUAAUGUCAAGAACAAUGAUAUUGAUUUACAUGUUGAAGCUUCUCAGGCAGAAGAGGAUGAUUUUCAACAGCUUUCCCAGGCAGAUGAGAGAUGGAUAGAUAAACAAAAUAUUAAACCAACUGAAGUGGCUAAGGAGAUAAGUUCUUCUAAUUUGGAUAGCAGACCAAAUGAAAUGGUUGAUCCAGGUCAAAAUCAACCUAAUAACUGCAGCAUUGCAGAGGAAGAGAAUAUGGAAGUAGGACUUUUGGCUUCCACAGAAGAUGUUGAAGGAAGUUCCGUAGAAGGUGGAUGUCAUUGGCAACCUCAGAAGAAUUCAGAACAUACCCAUGUUAACCAUGUACAACAAAUUGAUAGCAACUAUCAAAACGUCACGGAGGCAGCUAGAACGGAGAUGACUGCGCAAGGUGGCAUUGAAGCCUCACAUGAUUUUGGAGGUAAUGAAAGUCUUUCAGAUGAUCAAAAUAAAAUGGAAACAGAUUUAAAGGAGAAGACCAGGGAUAUGAAAAGUGCAAAUGAAAAUAAUCAAGAAUUGGAAAUAACUGAAGGUACUGGUGAAAGCCUUAAGCUUGAUUUGCAAUGUAAGGGAUUCCAAAAAUAUUUUGAGUUUGAUGCAUCUAUAGUAAGAUUAAAGAACAAGUUCGGGAGUGAAAAAUCCGAAUGCACUGAUAACAGUGAAGAUAGCCAGGGAGCUGAUGGAAUCUCGCCAGAUGAGUGGGGAGUUGCAGUCUAUAAGACUGACACUUCGCAAGUUGUGAAGAAGAGAAAAAAUAAAGGAUCCUUGUUUCAAUACCCCAAACGCAUUCGCUGUGAGGACUGUGGGUUCCUGGCAGAUGGUGUAAAUGGGUUGAAUGUUCACAUUGCCAUGAAACAUCCUUCUGCGGAAAAGCAUUUCCACUGCUUCCUGUGUGGCAAAUCAUUUUACACAGAGAGUAACUUGCAUCAGCAUUUGGCCAGCAUGGGCCACCAACGAAUGGAACAGGAGAGCAUUGAGGAGUUGCCAGAAGGUGGUGCUACCUUCAAGUGCGUCAAGUGCAACACAGCUUUUGAUUUAGAGGAGUACCUCUUUGUGCACAUCAAGCAGAAACAUGGGGAAAUGCUGAGGGAAGUGAACAAAUACAUUGUGGAAGACACAGAACAGAUAAACUGUGAGCGGCAGGAAAAUCAAGGCAAUGUCUGCAAAUAUUGUGGGAAGGUCUGCAAAAGCAGCAAUUCACUAGCAUUUCUUGCUCACAUCCGUACGCAUACUGGAACUGCAGAUCAUGAAUAUAAGACUGUCACUAAUAAAUCUAAUAAAGGAAUUCAAGAGAAUACUAAUUUACCCGAAAGUGGUCAGAAUUCAGAACUCUUUACAAUAAGGUAUAGUUGA